AUGUCUAUGAUACCAAAAAUGCUUCUCUUCUUUUCACCACUAGUGUUGUUUCUUCUCGUUUUGCUCUAUAAAUUUGUACACUCAAAGAUAUGGAUCCCAUUGAAAAUCCGUAGCCACUUAAAAGGUCAAGGCAUAAGAGGCCCUGCCUACCGUCCGAUUUUCGGUAACACGGCUCAGAUCAGGCGUUUGCAUGCCGAAGCAUUAUCAUCAAAGUCCACUUGUUUCAAUCACGAUGUCCUUCACAAAGUGAUUCCAUUUUACUAUUCAUGUUCACAAGUGUACGGGAAGACGUUCCUUUACUGGUUUGGGCCGAGGCCCAGGCUGGGCACAUCCGAUCCGGAGAUAAUUAAGGAGGCUCUUAUGAACACGAGUGGGUGUUUUGAGAAGGCCCGGUUCGACCCACUUAUGAAGAUGCUCUUUGGACAGGGCCUUAAUGGGCUUCGUGGUAACAAAUGGGCUUUACAUAGAAAGAUAGCAAACCAGGCCUUCAGCAUAGAGCGAAUUAAGAGUUGGGUGCCAGAAAUAGUGGCUAGCGUAACAAAAAUGGUGGAGAAGUGGGAGGACAUAAGAGGAGAAAGAGAAGAAAUUGAAGUAGAAGUACAUAAAGAUCUCCAUGACCUCUCGGCGGAUGUGAUAUCAAGGACAGCUUUCGGAAGUAGUUAUGAAGAAGGAAAGCGAAUAUUUGCAUUACAAGAUCAACAAAUGCGCUUAUUCGCCGAGGAUAUGAGAAGUGUCUACUUACUAGGGUUCAGGUUUUUGCCGACCAAGAAGAACAUGGAGAGGUGGAGAUUGGAGAAGGAAACUCGCGAAUCGAUACGAGCAUUGAUAAAAUCAAACAGAAAAUCAGAAGGAAAUUCUGGGAAUCUACUUAGCUUACUAAUGCUUACCCAUGAAACUAAUGAUCAAGAUGAUGAGACAUUGUUGUCUGUGGAGGAAGUUAUUGAUGAAUGCAAGACUUUCUACUUUACAGGGAAAGAAACAACUGCUAAUCUUAUUACUUGGGCACUUCUACUUUUAGCAUUAAACAAAGAUUGGCAAAACAAAGCGCGAGAAGAAGUAAUCCAGGUUUGCAGACAAAGUGAUGGGGUUCCGGUGGCAGGAAAUGUCAAUGAUCUUAAACUCGUAAGUAUGAUACUGGCCGAGACGCUUCGACUCUACCCACCGGUGGUGAUGUUGGUGAGAGAAGCAGCAAAGGACGUUAAGAUUGGUAGUCUUGAAAUUCCAGCCAAGACACAGCUACUGCUGGCUUUGGCUGCUGCGCAUCACGACACUGAUAUAUGGGGAGAAGAUGCUAAUGACUUCAAUCCACUGAGGUUUCAAGAGAAACACAUUGCUUCACUCUUCCCAUUCGGUCUAGGUCCCAGAAACUGUGUCGCUCAGAAUUUAGCAAUGUUUGAGGCAAAGAUUGUUCUUGCCAUGAUCCUCCAACAGUAUACAUUUGUGGUUUCACCCACAUAUGUUCACUCUCCAAUGUUGUUCAUAAGCUUGCGCCCUCAAUAUGGUGCACACAUCCUCUUUACAAGAAUCUCAAAGUAUUAAUUAAGAGAAUGUCAUUUUGUAUGGAGAUUUAAUUACUUGUGCUUUCUGUGUAAUAUGAAGUGUAUU